AUGGGAGGAGGAGAGAAUCCCAAAAGGCGACGCGUCUGCUCCUCCCUCCUUUCACCUCUCUUCAUUCUCAUCACAAUUUCAAUCCUAAUAACCUCCACUGUCUCUGCCGACGAUGACAACAGCAACAGCAACAGCAACGGCAGCGCUUCUCCUUCCGCUGCGCCCGCGGCGGCGACCACUUCAGGCCCUGUUUCAUACACGCCCCCUGACAGCUACCUCCUCAAUUGCGGAUCGCCUCACGACACCAAGCUCGACGACGGCCGGACUUUCCAAUCCGAUUCCUCCACCUCGGCCUACCUCCAGACCAGUGAAGAGGUCAAAGUUUCUGUUGAUUCCAUCCCUUCCUCUGUUCUUGGCUCUGCUUCUUCCGCCAUCUCGCCUUCCGCACUCCCUCUGUUUCGCAGCGCCAGGAUCUUCACUUCCGUGUCCAAAUUCACGCUCCCAGUCACUCGGCCGGGGAGGCAUUGGCUUCGCCUCUACUUCUACCCUCUCCCUAACCCUCACUGCACUCCUUCCUCUGCCGUCUUCAGCGUCGCCACCGCCACUUCCCUCCUCCUGCACGACUUCUCCGUCGCGGAAAACUCCCCGCCCGUCUUCAAGGAGUAUCUCCUCGACGUCACGGCCGACCAAUUCGCCCUCUUCUUCAAUCCCAGAACCUCCUGCGCAUUCCUCAACGCCCUGGAGCUUGUCUCUGUUCCCGACGGGCUUAUCUCCGACGAAGCAUCCCCGGUCCCCGGUGCUGCUUUCAAGGGUUUGUCCAAGUUCGCGUUUCAGGUUUCUUACAGGCUGAAUGUUGGAGGGCCGAUCAUAACCCCUGCCGAUGACGCAUUGACGAGGACAUGGACGGUAGAUACUCCGUACAAUGAUUUCCCUCAAGGAGCCAAGAACGUCUCUGUAUCCCCGGACACCAUCAAGUUCCCCAUGUCCUCCGGACCUGCAGCAGCGACGCCUUACAUUGCGCCCAGCCUGGUCUACGCCACUGCAGAUCAAAUGGCGGAUUCAGAGACCCAAACCCAGAAUUUCAACUUGACGUGGAAGGUACCCGCUGAUUCGGGAUUCUCCUACCUAAUCAGGCUCCAUUUCUGUGACAUUGUGAGCAAGUCUCUCGACAGCUUGUACUUCAACGUCUACAUCAACGGAUUCACCGCGGGCGACUCACCCGUGGACCUCUCCUCCAUCGACCGUGCGCUCUCCACCGCGUACUACAAGGAUUUCGUGGUCAGCGGCCCUUCCAUCUCCAACGAUUCCUUCUUGAUUCAGGUGGGUCCGGACACCCAGAUGCAGUCGGGCACAAUGAAUGCGAUUCUCAACGGGAUCGAGGUGAUGAAGAUGAGCCGCACCGACGGCAGUCUGGAUGGCAUUGUUGGCGUCGGUGGGUUCAUGGGCAGAGGAGCCUUGAAGGUGAUUACUGGGAUUGGAUUGGGAAUGGCAGUCACUGGUUUGCUUUUGCUUGGUUUGAUCAUGGUGAGGUGGCACAACAGGCCUAAAGGUUGGGAGAAGAGGAAAAGCUUCUCAUCGUGGCUCCUUCCACUCCACGGGAGCACCCAGUUCUCUGUUUCCAGUAGCAAGAGCAGUUCCAGGAAAUCCAGCACCAGCUUCUUCAGCUCAAGAAAAUCAAAAUGCUACUCCUCGCCUCAUUUCUCCAAUCCCGCUCUCGGCAGGUACUUCAGCUUCGCGGAGUUACAGACCGCGACUCAGAACUUCGAUGAAGCUGCAAUCCUGGGUGUAGGCGGGUUCGGGAAAGUGUACCUGGGAGUUUUGGAGGACGGCACCAAAGUGGCCAUAAAACGAGGGAUUCCGGGUUCGGAGCAAGGAAUAAACGAGUUCCAGACGGAGAUACAACUGCUCUCCAAGCUCCGACACCGCCAUUUGGUUUCCCUAAUCGGAUUCUCCGAUGAGCAGUCGGAGAUGAUUCUGGUAUACGAGUACAUGGCCAACGGCCCACUCCGCGACCAUCUCUACGGGAAGGCGAAACAGGGGACCAUGUCUUGGAAGCAGCGGCUGGAGAUCUGCAUUGGAUCCGCCAGAGGGCUGCAUUACUUGCACACGGGAGCAUCGGAAGCCAUAAUCCAUCGCGACGUGAAGACCACAAACAUUUUGCUGGACGAGAAGCUAGUGGCCAAAGUGGCCGAUUUCGGGCUCUCCAAGGCUGCUCCUACGGAUAGAGGGCCCGUCAGCACGGCUGUGAAGGGGAGCUUUGGGUACCUUGAUCCCGAGUACUUCAGGAGGCAGCAGCUGACUGAUAAAUCGGAUGUGUAUUCGUUUGGGGUGCUUCUGUUCGAGGUUCUAUGCGCGAGGCCGGUGAUAUGUCCGACGUUGCCUAGGGAGCAAGUGAACUUAGCGGAGUGGGCUAUGCGGUGCUACAACAAGGGGACGCUUGAUGGGAUCAUUGAUAAGGAAAUUAAGGAGAGCAUACACUCAGAAUCGUUGAACAAGUUCGUCGAGGCCGCCGAGAAGUGUUUGGCCGAGUAUGGUGUGGAUAGGCCGGCAAUGGGAGACGUGCUGUGGAAUUUGGAGUAUGCUCUGCAGUUGCAGGAUGCUGCUGCUUCCAAUUCUUCUUCUUCUCCGUCAGUGGAGGGUGCUUGUGCUGACGAGAGGAGUACAGUGAAUUUGAUUGCUUUUGAGAGCGGUGGUGGGAAGGGUAGCGAUGAUGUGGAGAAGGGAGAGUGUGGCGCUCAAGUUGGUGGGGUGGAUGAUUCUCAAGUGAUUGAAUCGUCCACAAUCAUUUCCCAUUUUGGGGAUGUUCAAGGAAGGUAACUGUGUGUGAUUAAGUGGAAGACUUCCUUUGUUCAGAAUCUGAUUCUAAUUUGUUUAGAUUUUUACCCUUUCAACAGUUCUUUUUUUUUUUUUUUUCCUCAUAGUUUGUUUACUUUUUCAUCUGUAUAAUUCAUUUGGUGUUGUACUUAGUUUGUUUUAGCAGUUGAGUUCAUAAUGAUAUUGUACCAUGUGUUAAUGUUGCCGCUAGCACUUACUUCCUCAAACUCUAGCUAU